AUGUGGGUCCCGCCCGACAAAGAGCGGGUGGAUGUGCCCGCCGCCGGUGCCCCUGUCGGGGGCUGCGAGGAAGAGCAGGUGGUCCCGAGUGAGCAGGACGACAGUGGCGUGAGGGCGGUGCAGGCCCGCUACCUCCGGAGCCCAUCCCCCAGCCGGUACUCAGUGAUCUCUGACGCAGAGACCGAGAGCAUCUUCAUGGAGCCCAUCCACCUCUCCUCCGCCGUGGCCGCCAAACGGAUCAUCCAGGAAGAGCUGCCGCCGCCGCGGGGGCCCCGGGGUGCGGCCGAGUGCCCAGGGAUGCUGGAGUCGGCGGAGCAGCUGCUGGUGGAGGACCUGUACAACCGCGUCCGCGAGCGGCUGGACGAGCGCAGCCGCCACAACACGCCCUGCAUCUCGGACCUGCAGCGCGCGCUCACGCGGGACCGCCGCGAGGCGCCCUGGAACGAGGUGGACGAGGUGUGGCCCAGCGUCUACAUCGCGGAGAAGAGCGUGGCAGUGAAUAAGGGGCGGCUGAAGAGACUGGGAAUCACCCACAUCCUCAACGCCGCCCAUGGCACCGGCGUCUACACGGGAGCCGAGUUCUACACGGGGUUGGAGAUCCAGUACCUGGGGCUGGAGCUGGACGACUUCCCUGAGGUGGACAUCGCCCAGCACUUCCGGAAGGCCGCCGAGUUCCUGGAUGAAGCGCUGCUCACCUACAGAGGGAAGGUUCUGGUGAGCAGCGAGAUGGGCGUCAGCCGCUCAGCGGCGCUUGUGGCCGCCUACCUGAUGAUCUUCCACGGGCUGCCCGUGCUGGACGCGCUGAUGACCCUGCGCAAGAGACGCGCUGUGUGCCCCAACGACGGCUUCCUGCGGCAGCUCCGGCAACUCAACGAGCAGCUGAUGGACGAGCGUGAGGAGGAGGUGGAGGACUCGGAGGACUCAGGGAGCACGGUGGGCGCCAGGGUGCAGGCCCUAAUGGUUCAGGAGGUGGACGACGCCGGCAGUCUGCUGAGUGGCCUGUCCCGGCCCACCAGGGCCCUCCGGGGAGACGAGGAAGAGGAGGAGGAGGAGGAGGAGGAAGGGGAGGAGGGGGAGUGGGUGCAGGGGCCCCGCACAGACAGGGGCCCCCAUGUGGCCUCCUCUGAGCCCGGGAAUUGGGAGGACGAGGAGGACGAGGAGGACGGGGUGGAACGCAUUGUCCGUGAAUGGCAAAACCGCAAUGAGAGGUACCAGGCCACGGAGCGCCGGAGCUGGGGCCGGGAGGAGGAGCAGGAGGAGGAGGAAGAAGAGGUGCCCGGGGGCCGUCAGCACCGGAGACUCGCCCUGAGUGAGCACAGCAGUUCUGAGAGCACCAGCAGCCGGGAACUGGGGGUCCGCACGCAGCGGGUGGAGAGCAGCCGACCCCGGGCGCGAGGGAGACCCCGCUGUGACUCAGGGUCCUCGGAGGGCACCUGGGACGCCCGCAGGGGCCACGCGGGGGCGAGGGCGGGCAGCGGAGGGGACAACGACGGGGACAGCGUGUGCUCUGAGGCCAGCUCCCUGUCCAGCUUCUGCAGCCGCAAUAGGGACAAGCUGACGGCCCUGGAGAGGUGGAAGAUCAAAAGGAUCCAGUUCGGCUUCCACAAGAAGGACGCCGAGACUGGGGGGGACAGCGGUGGUGAGGGCGACGCGGGGCGGGCCACGGCCCCCGCCCCCUCGGGCCUGUCGGCCUACCAGGCCUGGAAACUGAGGCAGCAGAAGAAGGCGGGGACCGAGAACCCAGAGCAGGUGGCCCAGCUGGGCCAGGCCGAAGACGCGGCCUCGGCCAAGAAACGGCAGCGCAGACUCGAACUCCUGGAGCGCAGCCGGCAAAACCUGGAAGACAGCCAGUCACUGGCCGGCUGGCCCGACGGCGGGAGCCUCCCACUGUCCACCUUUGGCUCUGUCGCGCCCUCAGUCAGCUCCAACAACGAUGACCGCGGGGAUGCAGCGUCCGUCCUGCUGCCUGGCCUGCCGGUGGGGCCAGGGGACACGGUCUCCCUCGCCUCCAUCCAGAGUUGGAUCCAGAGCGUGGUCAACGAGACGUUGGCCCGGAAGCAACAGGAGUGGCUGUCGGGCUCUCGGCCGCCCUCGGAGGCCGCCAGCUCCCGGGCAGCUGAUGACACCUUGUCCGUGCUCAGCGGCUCCUCCCUGGGCAGUUCCCAGAGCCAGGCCCGGCGCGGCUGGGACGCAGGGUCCACGCUGUCCUCGGCCACCAUGGCGCCUAGCUCCGGGGCCCAGGCUCCGGCCACCAGCAAGCCGCUCUACGGCCUCUUCGCCGACACAGUGGACCUCGGGGCGCUGGGCCGAAAGGAGCAGGAACUGCAGGAUGGGCUGAGGGAGACGAUGUCGGAAUACUCACCCGAGAAGCUGGCCGCCGGCCGCCAGCGCAGCUCGCUGUUCAAAAAGAAGAAGAAGGCGUGGGACGGGGGGCCCGAGGCGGGGGACGCGGGGGACGGGGACACCGACAGCGCCUUCGGGAGCUUCCCGCGUUCUUCCAGUGGAUCUUUCCAGAGGGCAGAGGCGGAUGCCCCCGACGGCGGCCGGGCCCUGGGGAACAGUGUGAGUCAGUGGCUCCGGGGCCUGGGGUCUGAGGGCAAGUCCUUCCCGCCGCCCCCGCGGAGCGAUGGUUCUGGAAGCAGCAGGACCAAAGCUAGUGGCCACUCGCGGUUCCGGGAGACGGAGUCUCAGGCCUCCAGUUUCAGCUUCUCCCAGUCGCGGUCGGAGGAACGGGCCAGCUCCAGCUCGCACGAAGCUGGCGGCCACUCGGUCAGGACCACGAGCUGGCAGGCUGCUACCUGCACCGCCAAGGGCGCCCGCAGCCGCGCCUUCUCCCGGUCAGUGCUCAGCGAGGCCUCCGACUCUGGCGACAGCAGCCCCGAGCCCUACUUCUUCCGCCGGACGCCCGACGCCUCGGCGGGGGAGGAGUCCCCGGAGCCCCGGGAGCACUCCACGGAGCGGGGAACCCGGGGCCGACCCGGCCGGAGCUUCGGGCGGGCCGGGGAGGAGAGCGAGAGCGAGCGGCAGGAGCGCAGGGAGGAGGGGGAGUUUGCGUCUGGGCGGCGGCAGAGCACCAGGCGGGAGCACGGAGAGGAGAUGGAUGACGAGGCAAUCAUUGCCGCCUGGAGGCGGCGGCAGGAAGAAACCCGGACGCGGCUGCAGCGGAGGAGGGAGGACUGGGGGGCCCGAGACUGACUGCCCAGCCGAGAGUGGACAGGCCACGCGGGGCCGGGGGCAUGGGGAGGACUCACCGGGGAUACUGUCCGUCGGGGCCCAGGACCCGCUCAGCCUUGGUGCUAAACUCGGAUUUGCUGGUGCUCA